GCGGGGGCGCACCCCGCCCCCAGACGUCAGAGCGGGGCGGAUGCGGAAACUCCUGCGCGGAUUGGUCGGGAGAUAAGUCAAUACUGGGUUUGAAAGAUCCAAUCAGAGCCCAGCUUCUCCACGCCAGCCAAUGGGAAACCCGAAGUUUGGGCAGGAAGGGCGGAGUCAGUGUUUGAACCGGGCGCGGUUCUAAGGUUCCAGUCCUACUUUCCUGCGGGAGUCCUGGUUUGCAGGAGCGCACGCCAUGGAAAACGAGGUCUUAGGGGACGACGAGCUGCUGCAGAAGCUCAAGGACAGCCGCCGCCGCUUCCAGAGGCGCAUGCAGCAGCUGCUCGAGAAGUACAACCAGCCCUUCGAGGAUGCCCCGGUGGUGCAAAUGUCCACGCUGACCUACGAGACGCCCCAAGGAUUGAGAGUUUGGGGUGGAAGGCUAGUAAAGAAAAAGGGUGAAGGCCACAUCCAGGGCUCCGAGGAGGAGACGGCCAGCAGGACUGAGGGCCCCGUGCAAUCCGCGGCCCGAGGGGACGGGCUGCCCGCGCCCAGCGCUCGGGACCUGGGACUGGAUUCGACAAGCAGGGACGCCAAUGUCACUUCACACCAGGAGGGUCUGGCUGCCGCGGUCUCGCUGGCUGCAGCGCCCUGGAGCCCUCUGAAAGACGAGCUGAGGAGGAAGUACCUGAGCCAGGCGGACGCGCUGCUGCAGGACGCAGAGUGCGACGACUGUGGAGGUGGAGACGACACACGUGUGACCCUGCUUCCCGCUCCGGCUUCACCUCCCAGGCCUGCCCACGACGUGGCCGCGGUGCUCAGAGAUGACAGCGUCUCCUGGCGAGAGACCAGUGGUCACAGCUUCUCCAGCAGCCAGUCCUUUGCGGCCGACGACCUCUGCAACGUGACCGUCAGCGACCUGUACGCGGGCAUGCUGCGCUCCAUGAGCCGGCUGCUGAGCGUGAGGUCCUCCUGCGUCAUCUCCACCAAGACCUUCAUCGUCCGGGCCCGCGCCUCCCGGCGGAGGCCCGGGGGCAAGAGCAGGGUGGACAGGACGUACUGCCGGGGCAGCAGGCCCCCCUGCAGCGGUGCCCGGGAGAGGCCCGGGCCCCAGCCCGAGCCCGGGAGAGGGGCCGUCGCCCUGAGAGAGUGCCAGAACUUCCGAGGCCUCGCUGGCCAGGGGGCGGGAUCAACAUUGGAAAAAGCUUCUUUUGAAGUGAACAAACUCCAGAUCUGGAAGGAGCUUCAGGGGACACCCCAGAAGCUGUCUUCCUGGCCUCACAGAGACGGCAGUGCCAUGUACCGCCUCGAUCGGGAAAAUCGGCUGAUGACACUCCAGUGGUUAAUUUCUCCUGUGAAAAUCGCUCCCAGACCGAGACUACGGCAGGGCGAGGGAGGGGGCCAUCCCGGGGACCUCCGAAGCAGGUUUGACAAACUCUAUCAGGAAUACUGUCUAAGCCCCAGGAAGCAGCCGUGCCUGACCUACCCGCCCAGCUCCUCCGGGGUCCGCGUGCACAGGGGGGCUUCAGGGAGCCCCGGUGGCCCCCGGGAAUCAGACACCCACCAGCCAAGUGGACCUUUCAGCAGAGCCAAAGCCAAGAGUCUGAAUGAAGCUUUCGAAACCCUCGGUCGGCGAGCUCUGGAAGCAGGACGGGGGCUGCCCCAAGGUGCUUCCCCUCCGCCCCUUCCGAAGACCCAGCCGUCGGGCCGCUGGAAGCCACCACCAGCCAGUCUUCUUCAAGGAAAUGGCCUUGGGACAUUUAGGAAGUCCGCGUCACUCAACAGAACCUUCUCAGUCCCCGGGGUGCAGCCCCUGGGCCCUGUGAGAGACCACUACGACGAGAUUAAGGAGAGAUUUGACCGGCUGCACCGGAAGUAUUGCCGGGCAUCGGCUCCGGGGACGGAGGCGUCCUUCUGUCCUGGGGCACCUCCAGGUACGGCCCGUGUGCAAGUUCAGAGUCAGAAAGCCUUCUCAGGAAAAUUAAACCCGGGCUCUGGCUCCCAGGGGCCCCCGAAGUUGCCGCCGUCGUCACCCCGGCACAGCGUAAGAAGUCCGCUGGGCCCCAGCACAGCUGAGGUCCGCCCGCCCCCGUGGUCAGCGCCAGCGGUCGGGAGCAGCUCUUCCCCCCAGGCCAAGAGACUGCGGCUGUGCGACCCCCGGGCGUGUGGAAGGGGGGCCGACGGCCGGGGUCCCUGUCGCACGGUGGGCGGGGCCGCCCCGGAGCCUGGGGAAGAGGCCCACGGGGAGAAAAGGUGAGUUUUUUUCUGAAUGUGUCUGUUUUACAGCGGUGUCCUUCUAUUCACGUUUUCAAAGAUCUCCCCC